GCUGCUGAUGCUCAUUCGCAAUUAUGGAGCCGGAAUUGCACUGCAAGAUUGAUUCAUCCAGUGAUCACUUAUUGGACUCUCCCCAUUCACUCCACAGCACGCACUUGUUCAAGUUUGGUUUUGUUUUGGGCACAGCUGGUCUUUCAGCUAUGAUUGGUUUUGCAGCAGCAGUUAAAGCACGCGGAACUCCAGAACUGACAGAUGGUACGAAAGUCUCCAGUGGCAGCUUGACGACCCCAAUGAGUGAAUCAGACUUAUAUCGGUCCGGAGUUCGUCUAGCAAUUCGGGCGUUGGGGCGGGCCACAUUAAUAACGCUGAGCACGUUUGGUGCUUUAUGGUAUGUCGCAUGGCGUUGUUCAAGAGACACAAAUCUGGAACAUUUUCGCUCGAAAUGGUUUCCGGCAUCAUGGCGCCGCAGUCCGUCAAAUAACACCAAUAACAUCGUAACCUUUGAUGACUUGUUGAGAUACCUAUCACUUUCUGACCCGGCUGUAAACGUACCUGCAGUGAAAAAAGUGGAUUCUUGAAUGUGAGACACGGUUGUUUUCUCUUUCAGGUGUAUUAUUGUUUGCUCCCUCAACUGCGGAUGGUUUUGCGAGCACGUCGUCUAUUGUGAUGUCUAUUUCGUUGAAACUGGACACAUCACCCCUGGAUUAGUUUGUGAUAUCGGUGUCUGUUCUAUUGACCUACCUGAGAGUGACUUUGGUGCACCUCUGAAACACGCACGCGCCUUUUCCUGCAC